UCUGCGCCUGGCCUGUAGGUGGCAGCAGUGCGUUAGGUUAGGUCUCCAUUACGAAGAAGAAAUCCUACGCGGAAGGAUCAGAGCAACUUUCGUCAUGUAGCUAUGGCGACUUAGUUUUCCUUAUUUUAGGACAUUUUCAAACCUAUUCGGCGUUGUUUUGUGGAAGAAAUCCAGCGGUCGUGUCGACAUGGAUCCCCGCCCGCUGUUCGGAGGCGCGCUCUCGGCCUUUAUCCCCGAAAGCGCCGCGGACAUCAGCAACCUACGAGAGAUUCCGGACAACCAGGAGGUGUUCGUCCACCCUAACACCGACCAGAGCCUGAUCGUGGAGAUCCUGGAGUACCAAGCCCAGGUCGAGGACCAGGACGCAGCCCGGUUCCACUUCGAGGACAUCGCGAGCAGCAACGCCGCCUCCCAGGACGGUGGCGCGCAGGAGGUGACGGACGUGGUCCCCUUGCCCAAAUCCGAGCUCUCCCUCUCGGCGUGCAGCUCCGCCUGGGCGCUGACGGGGACCCAGUGCGUGUCCAAGUACAACGAAGAGGCGAGGAACAAGGUGAGCAUCCACCUGGGUGUGUUCCGCCUGCCGCAGUUCGACACGGAACUUCUGGUCACGUUCAACGACCCGCAGGGGAUCAACCCUGCCAGCAGCAGUGCAGCGGCCGCCGCGGGCACCGACGGAGAACCGUGGACUGUGCAAGACUUCCAGCAACUGCUGCGGUCCUUGACGCUGCACAACCCGGGACUGUUCGGGUAGAACUCUCUGAAUCCUCCCAUCAUGCAACUAAAAUAGUCAAAGCCACUAUUUUUCACCACAAUAAAAUGCACUGUCGUUCAAUGCAAUAGUCCUAAGAUUUGUGUGUCUAUUGUUCACAUUUUCACUCGCACAUAAGAGGUUUUCUUCUCAAAAUAAGACUAAACUUAAUAUGUAUAUAUAUACAUAUGGCUACUUAAGACCUA